AUGGCAUCCACAACCCCCUUCCUCACCGCAAUUGCCUCCCGCCGCUCCGUCUACACCCUCUCAAAAGAAAGUCCCAUUCCCAACGCCCGCAUCUCAGAACUCGUGACCGAAGCCCUGAAACACGCGCCCUCUCCCUUCAACGUGCGCAGCACGCGCGCAAUCGUGCUUUUUGGUGACGAGCAUGACAAACUCUGGGAAGAGGCGUAUCGCGUCACUGAAGAGACUGCACCAGCCGCGAUAAGUAUACUAGGACCGAAGAUAAAGGGCUUCGUCGCUGCGAAGGGGACAGUCCUAUUCUUCGAUGAUCCGUCCGCGUACGAACUUCUCUCGCCGCGCUUCCAAGCUCAUGCUAAACUCUAUCCUGACUGGGAAGAACAUUCUUCUGGUAUGAACCAGCUGAUUGUUUGGACGGCGUUGGCGGCCGAGGGCGUGGGUGCGAGCUUGCAGCAUUAUCAGCCGGGGAUUACGCCGUAUCUGCAGGAGAAGUACGGUCUGGAUAAGACGUGGAAGUUGAAGGCGCAGUUGGUUUUUGGCGGGAUAGUCGGGGAGAUGCCGGGGGCGAAGGAGAAGACGCAUUUGGAGAAGAGUUUGCAGGUGUACGGGGAGUAG